UUGAAAUGACGCAGAGGCGGAAAUGGAGUAGUGUGCUCAGUGCUCAACCUGUUCGCGUGGAAUGACUGGCUUCCUGUCAUUUCAGUGUAUUAGUAGAAGUUUACAAUGGCAGUGCAACGCCGAGGAAACGUUAAAUCCGCAGACACGAGUACCAUUGAGAAAAAAAUUAAAAGGGGGAUGGCACAGAGACAGGCUUCAUCAUACAGAGGAUACUCUGCUCUCCUGUUGGCCCUCCUCUGCACAUGUGCACUACUGACGUGGCUCUGGUCAGUCUGGACUAAUGACAUCAUGGACACUAUGGUCUCCAGAGGGGAAGUACUCACACAGCCCAGAGUGUUCAUGGUCCAGUGUUUGGAAGAUUAUCAAAAAUACAAGCACUUCCCAGGCUGCACACCUACCAAAUGUGGCCGAGCUGUUUCAGACAGCGUUGCAACCACAGAUGAGGCACAGAUACUGAAGAGGAUAGCAGAAAGGGGUCUGGCACUUGGUGGUUCAGAUGGAGGCGCAUCCAUUCUGGAUCUACACUCUGGAGCUUUGUCAAUGGGGAAAAAGUUUGUCAAUAUCUACAGUUACUUCAGUGAUCAAAUAAGAGAUAUCUUCACUGAAGAGGAUUUUGAACUCUACAGGGCUAUGCGUGGCCGCAUUCAGAAGGUGAUUGCAGAAACAUUUGGGUUGGACUCCAGUAAGCUGUUCCUCACCAAGCCCACCUUCUUCUCCCGCAUCAAUAGCACCAGUGCUAAGACCACUCAUGAUGAGUACUGGCACCCACAUAUUGACAAGGUGACAUAUGGGUCCUUUGACUACACCUCAUUACUCUACCUAACAGAUUAUGGUGUGGAUUUUGGAGGGGGGCGAUUCAUCUUUAUGGACCCAGAUAGCAACCGAACAGUGGAACCCCGUGCAGGACAAUAAUUAGUUCCAGUCAACUGGAAAUGUUCUGAAUCAACCUGGAAUUGGACGUGUGUCUAUAUUGUCUCAACGCACUGUGAAGAGGAUGGUUCGAGUGGCCAAAAAAUCUCCAAGGUUCACAGCUGGAGAACUGCAGAAGUUAGUUGCUUCUUGGCGUCAGAAAAUCUCCAAAACUACAAUCCGAAAUCGCCUACAUCACCACAAGUUGUUUAGAAAGGUUUCAAGAAAAAAGUCUCUACUCUCAUCCAAAAACAAACUCAGGCAUCUUCAGUUUGCCAGACACUACUGGAACUUCAAAUGGGAUCGGGUUCUAUGGUCAGAUGAAACCAAAAUAGAACUUUUUGGCAAUAAAUACCAGAGGUGGUUCUAGUGCAGACAGAGAGGUAGCCAUAUGGAAAAGUACCUCAUGCUCACGGUUAAAUAUGGUGGUGGCUCUUUAAUAUUUUGGGGCUGUUUUUCUGCCAUAGGACAUGGACAUUUUGUUAGGAUACAUGGCAUCAUGAACUUAAAUGAAAAUCUGAUUGCCUCUUCCAGAAAGCUUAAAAUGGGCCGUGGUUGGAUCUUCUAGUAGGACAAUGAUCCAAAACAUAUAACAAAAACAACACACAAAUGGUUUACUGACCAAAAAGUCAAGGUCCUGCCAUGACCAUAAAGUCCCCUAACUUGAAACCCAUUGAAAACCUGUGGGGUGAACUGAAGAGGAGAGUCCACCAGCGUGGUCCUUGUAAUUUGAAGGAUCUGGAGAAAUGGUAUGGAGGAAUGGUCUCAGAUCCCUUGCAAUGUAUUCUCCAACCUCAUCAGGCAUUAUAGGAGAAGACUCAGAGCUGUUAUCUUGGCAAAGGGAGGAAGUAUUGAACAAAAGGGUGCCAAUAAUUGUGCCACACACAUAUUUAACAAAGAUUAUUUUUUAUUUAUUUUAAUUAAUUACAUUUUUUUUUUGUAUGAACCUGUGUUGUGUUUGCAAUUGUUUGAUAUCCAUGAGAGCAGAGUAUUUUUGUACAUUUCUUGAACAAAACAACAAAACAUCAAAACAUUAAACAAUAAAGACAAUUUUUUUAUGGAUUUAAUGGAGUUCAAUGGUGGCUUUUGGAAGAACGAAAGCAAUAUCUACACAAACCAAUGCCAGAUACCUGGAUCUUGGUGAGGAUUUUUAUUCCUUUAUAGGUCACUCCAUGCAAAUUACAGCCAAACUGUGACAUGAAGGUCACUCCCACCCUUACACUUAUAUUACCAUCAGAUAUACUGUAAUGCCAUAUGACUCAAAAGAUAACAUCUCCAAUCAAAGAUUAGUUAUGAGGCAUCACAAUGCAUGUAACAAGAACACGAAAAUAACAAUGAAUUUAUCAAUAAAUAUUUAUUUUAAGAAAUGCAUGGUCUAAGAUUCCUCAGGAACGCUGCCAGAAGCUGUGCAUCUCAUUUGCAGCAGGUCAUAACAGCAAAAGGGUUCUCUACUAAGUACUAAAGAUGCUUGACAUAAAUGGAUUGAAUAAUUUUGAGACUGGAGAAAUCAUUAUAAGUUGCAUUUUCAGUUGAAUUUGCUGAAACCACUUGAAGCAUUCAUUGUGUUGAACUAUUUCAAUUGCUUUUGUUUGAUUUGUUCAUUACAAGCAGCUGAAAGUCUGUACAUUUUGACAAUAAACCCCUGAUUUGUAGUGGGGUUGAACAAUUUUGAUUGUAACUGUGUAUAUAUAAACUAAGUAUAAAAAGUGUCAAUUUCCCCUAUGUAUAGAUACAUUUGGGACACCUUGUAUAUUGAGUGGCUUCACUUUACCCUGCACAAAACAUCGCAAGUAUAACAUGGUGUAACUUAUCUGAAUAUGUACAUCACAAAUUAUCAAAACUCUUGUGAUCUAUAAGUACUCUCGGGCGAUACACAUCAUGCCUGAAUGUGGGGUCUAGUUAGAAAUUCGAAGCUUGGGAAUAAGGCUGAGGUUGUUUCGCGUGUAACAUAUCCAAAACAGGACGCGAUGAAGCUACAAAUUUUACAAAGUUGAUUUUAUGUCUAAUCUUACGUUCUGGGCAUUUUCCUCUGUUUUUUAGAUUCCAAAAUUGUGCUUGAGAGACGGACAGAGAUAUUUUUGUUACUAAUUGAACCCUUGUUUUUAUUAAAACAGAUUUAAUACAUAACCCAUGCAGACACUAACGGUUACAUUUGGAACGAUUUUUAAAAGACCUCGCACCCAAAACGGGCUGUGAUCCUGAACAACCAUUCCCAUAGAGAACUAUUAUGUAGCCUCUGUACUAAAAUAGGAAAACAGGAAAGGUUAGGAAUUAAAAUAAAAAAGAAUGAGUUUAUUGGAUAAGAUAAGGAAUGUCACACUUUCUGACACUAAUUAAUGGAGAGAAUAAAGACAUGUUUUUACAGUAGUUAAGAACCGGAUGACAUUGAAAUUAUCUUAUGUAUAUCUCAAUGUGUAACAUCCUACAUUAAUCAUGAAAUUUAACAAUAUUCACUGCAAUAAUACAUUUUAUUGCCAAUUAUUUAUAUACAUUUGAAUGGCUGCAGUUUUCAUGGAGUGACCUCUAUGUGAGGUCACUUAAGUGACACUUAUUUAGAAAUGUAGCAUUAAAUGAACCAUUAUUAAUAACUCAGACUGACCACAAAACCUUUUGUGGAUUACAGUAACAUUUGGGGAAGGAUAAAAACAGAGUUGUAUGUUUUUGUACUUUUAUAUAUUCCAUAUUUUGCAUAUUUAUUGAAACAAGUAAGAGAGUAUUAGUCAUAUUUAACAGCUAGCCUGUUUAUUUUGAAUGCUUGCUUUUCCAUUUAUCAAUCAUUAGAGUACUGAAUGUUGUGGAAACCAACCUGUGCUAGUGACUCAUCUGUUGUGUCUUUUCUUUUAUGUAACCUUUCACUAAACCCGCAUGUUGACAUGAUCCACAAACAGCCAGCUGAUUAGACUGGCCUGUGCAAAAAGGCACAAUUCUGUCUUAUGGUCUAAUGUAUUACUGUACUGUAUAUGAAAAGUUUUUUUUUUUUUUUCUUCCCCCCUCAAUAAUCUAUCUAAUCUGAGUGGGUAAUGACUGCCAUUUCCUUGCUAGAGCAGCUCUAUUUAUUUAAACUACAUGUUUAGAGACUAAGCUGUCUUUCUCAAAAAAUUUUAAUAUCAUGGAAAAGUUCAUUUUUUUUCCAUAAUUUAAUUCAAUAAGUGAAACUUUCAUAUAUUCUAGAUUCAUUACACAAAAUGAUAUAUGAAAGAAUAUAUGAAUAUAAUGAUUAGAAUAUAUGAAAUUUUCAUUUCCAAAUUAAAAGCAAAAUUUACUUUCAUCUGAAAAGAGGACUUUGGGCCACUGAGCAAUGGUCCAAUUCUUUUUAAAGGCUCAGGAAAAAUUUGUAGGUGUUUUGAGUUAAUUAUCUGAUAAGAACUCUUCUUAGGUCAACAUUUCUGUAUUAUAAAUUCUUUAUUCUAAUAUUUUGAGAUACUGGAUUUUUGAUUUCCACGAGCUGUAAGCUGUAAUCAUCAAGAUUAAAAUAAAAAAAAAGGCUUGAAAUAUUUCACUUUAUAUGUAAUGAAUCUAGAAUAUGUGAAAGUUCCACUUUUUGAAUUAAAUUAUGGGGAAAAAAAAACAACUUGUCCACGAUAUUCUAAUUUUUUUUAGAUGCACCUGUACAUCUCGCUCUGCACGUACUACACAGGAGAGAGUUAAAGGGAGGUGCUCUGUCACUCAGUGCUCUCUGAGUGCAUGGAAAGUUGCAGGCAGGAGAUGGGUGAAUGCAGAUUAGUUGAUCCUGUAUGUUUUUGCUUAAAAUUUUCUCCCAACCAGACAUGGGGAGCUCGAGUGUAAUUUCUGAGCACAAAAACAGAUGAAACCAACAAACUCAUGUGCUGAAAUAUUUCACAACAUUUCAGUUUAGAAAGAACUUUAGACAUGUUCUAUUCAUCAACCCACUGAUGUUCAGGUUAUUGUCUUCCCUGUCGGUGCUGAAUUGCUGUACGGCGGAUUUAAGUGGUUGGUCUAAAAGAUCCACAGUUUUCUGCAUGGCUAUGCUGAAACAGUCAUUUUGUGUUGAUUAGCAAUCAUGGGCAGAUGAUGAACCUAUGAACUUCACUAAGGUAAUUACUACCCUGGCAGUAAGCUCAGCAAUGGUGAGACAGAUAAUCAGCCUCCCUCUGAGGGGGAGGAGAGAACCAAUGACAGGCAUUAGCCAGUGGAGAAACCGAGUGGAAAAUGCGACAUGCGUAGGUGAUGGGUGGAGGGCAGUUGUGUAAGGCACAGAUAUGUGGCAAAGAUGGCAACAGGUCAAUGAGGGAAUUAGGUUUAAGGCAUGCAAAGAGAAAUUAAAGGCCUAAUGGAAGUGGAAAUGCUAAAGGUGUUAAAUAAAAAGGGCACAUCUGCCCAUCACAGCGAGGAAACUGAGACAAGGUGCUGGAGGCAUUCGGGGGCGGGGUGGAGGGGGCUGUUUAGGUUGGAGACCAGCUGUUUUAACAGAUUGGCGAAUCACAGCCUCCAGCCGCAGGGAACAACCUGGCAUCGCCCUUAUGGAGAGCCUCACUCUUUCAGCGCUCACUAUGUUUAUAGGAAGUGAAAAGUGUGUUCCUGCCUGUUACUUCUCAAAUCAAAUGUGGCAGUGAGGGUACGUCUUUGGCUCAGUGCUUGUCCAAAAGGAGGAAUAGCAGAGAAAGAGACAGAAGGGUUUAGAAAUAUUAUGUCAGUUCUGUUUUGGAUAUGAUGGAACGGAUAUUAUCACUGCAUAAGUACAGUGUGUUCUAUGGUUUUUUUUGCCACUUGACACUGAUGAUAAAGCUCAGUAUAUUACCCAUAUUGGAUAUUGGCAAGUUUUAUUGUUUUUACACUGUGAAGUUAAAGUGUCAGCAAGAAUGACUAUUUAAAACUGAAUUCGCAUCUAUAUUACAAAAUA